AAUUUGAAUACUAUUACUUAACGAAAGAUGAAAACUAGGGUAAGUAUUAGAAGAAAAUAGAUUUAAUUUUAAAAAAAUAAAAGUAUGGAUUGAUAAUUGUUUGAUAUUUUAAAAUCUUAACCCCAAUCAAUUCUUUGUUAAACAUGUAUUUGUAAUUUAGGCGAUCCUUAUUCCUCAAGGUGAUGAAGUUGGGAAUAUGAAUUUUAAUUCGACCAUAGGGUUCGUUCUUCUCCUUCCCUUUAAUUCAAUUUAAAGUUAUGGGGAGAAGUGUUUCAAGGUCUCCGUCGUACACUCACCGUUCCAGUUCUCAUCGCCAUAGUCGGAGAAGCAGAAGGGACCGAACUCCUUCUCCCUAUUACUCCAAUUCUCAUUCCAGGAGAAGAAGCCGUUCAACCUCUCUCCGCCGUCGCCGAACUCCUUCUCCAUCCUACCGUCGUCGUCGAACUCGCUCUCCCACUCCACGAAGACGCCGCAGACGCAGAACUAGGUCUUUCUCCUUAUCCCCUUCCUCCAAAUCCCCUACUUCCAGUCCUAGCCCUGCAUCCACUGAUCGCAAAAAUUCCAUAGACAAGCUUAAGAAAGAGGAAGAAGAGAAAAAAAGGCGUGAAGCAGAGUUGAAGAAGUUAGAAGAAGAUGAAGCUAGGAGACUGGAAGAAUUGAUUCAGAAGAAUGUUCAAGAAAUCUUAAAAUCUGAAGAAACUAGAUUAGAAAUAGAGAGGCGAGUAGAGGAAGGACGCAAGAAAUUAUUUGAUGCUGUUGAUUUGCAACUUGCUAAAGAGAAAGAAGCCGCUCUUACUGCUGCAAGACAGAAAGAAGAACAAGCCCGAAAAGAGAGAGAAGAGCUAGAUAGAAUGCUAGAGGAGAAUAGGAGAAGGGUAGAAGAAGCUCAGCAAAGAGAAGCUCUGGAGCUGCAGCGGAAGGAAGAAGAACGAUAUCGUGAGCUGGAGCUGAUCCAGAGACAAAAGGAGGAGGCCGCUCGGAGGAAAAAGCUGGAUCAGGGAGAAGAGAGAACUUAGAAUGUAGAGCUUAUUUCUGUUCAAAGUUGCUAACGUCUUUUGGGGUGUUGGCCUACUAUGCAUUUUAUUGGUUUAUUCGGCUUCCUUUGAGUGUCUGUUUAGUGGUUGUUCUAUGACUUGGGCAACACAUGAAUUUUGAGUAGUUGAGUUGUUAUUGAUCUCAACUCUUUCUAUCAUUGAUGUGCUCAUAGAGCUAAUUUUCAAUUCUUGAAAGUUGCAGGCUGUCUUAACAAUCAUGACAAAAAUGUGAUUGAUAUGAAUCUUGAUUUCUAUA